AUGACGUUCGAAACGAGUCUGGAGUGCAUUCGAAAUGGCUCAAUAUGGGAUCCGAAUCUCGACAAAUAUCGAAUGCUUCGUGGGCGUGUUCACGCAAAAACUGCAACACUGUGGAUCGGGAUUGGACAACUACUUCUCGUCACUUUGUAUUACAUCGCUCUCUUGAGCUUCUACGUGAAAUUUGAGCUGGAAGAUUCGAGUGACGAGCGUUCAUUUCGAGCAUGGACCUUUCGACUCCUCAAAGCACAGCUCAUCGCCGUCUCGAUCCACGCGCUGUUUCUCGUUUUGCUCAUUCACGUUGCUCGCACUGGUACUAUGGCCGACUGUCUCCUACUUUUUGUGAUUUCGACUAGUUCUAUGGUGGUCAACAUCUUUGAGCAGAUUGCCUUGAAUGGUGCUCUCUUUUGGCAACAAUCAUCUCAUUCGCUUGCCCUCUACAAAUCGAUAAUACUGAUGUGCUGCCUGGUCCCUAUCCUCUUUGGUCUACUAACAGUCUGCACAUAUUAUCGAUAUCUUUGCGACAAACAGAUUUUCGGUGAAAUCUCCUUGCAAUUGGAAGCACUUUAUCAAGAAGUUCAGCAUGUGGAAACCCCAUCUCAAGCAGAUCCGGCUUUUGAUGGAAAAGAAGAGGCUACCAGUUAUUGUUACAUC